GCACCCAGCCGCGGCCCGCGGCCCGCCGCGCCGCGCCGCCCGGCCAUGCGGGUGGUGGCGGGGCUGGGCAACCCGUGGCCCGUCCCGAGGCUGUCGCGGCACAACGCGGGCGUGCUGCUGGUGGACCUGCUCCGGGAGCAGCUCGGGCUCGAGUGGCGCUGGCAUUGGAGCUGCCUCUGCUGGCUCGCGCGCAGCGCUGGCGACGGUCGCGACGAGGGCGACGGCGGCGGCUUGGCACUGGCGGGCAGGGCCAAGCCCCCGCCAGACGUCCAUGCCGGUAUCUCGGCGGCGCGCCCAGGGGGACGGGAGGAAGAUAUACAGUGAGCGGCUUGAAUAAGGAACGCUUACUUUUCAAAAGGGGCUCG